AUGGACCCUGACAACAUGUGUACAAUUCUGGACCAGGCCAUUAUUUUUGACUGUGCAGAUCUAAGAAGCAAAUGCUUAAAAUUCAUCACCAGAGAAUCUAAACAUGUAUUGAAAUCGGAUUCCGUUCGCGACAUUACAAUGGCGGGGCUUAAAGAAAUAGAGGAACUUUGUCAGUUCAAUGCAAGUGAAAUCAAUAUCUACCUCGCUUGCAAUCAAUGGGCGUCUCAAAGGUGCGCAACUGCGGGAAUUCAACAAACGGGUCGAGCUAUAAGAAAGGAGUUGGGUGAAGAAGUUAUAAGCUUGAUAAGAUUUCCCGCCAUGACGUUAGACGAGAUGAGCGAUGUUGUAGCACUGGACGAUGUCCUCACCAAUGAAGAAAAAGUAAGCGUGUACCGAACAAUUAUUAAAAGGCAAAACGUUUCACAAUUCAUCGACGAACCAAGGAAACUUGCAAGCAAGAAAUGCAUGUUCUACAGGUGUAAAACUAAAGCAUCCACAUGGGCGUAUAACGGAGGACAAGAUGGUUUGAGUUUCAUGGUAUCAGAGGACUGCGUCUUGAGUGCACUUGAUAUGUUUCUGCCCGAGAUCGAUGGGGCUGUAGAAGGAGAUUUAGAGAUACUCGAAGGCACCUCUAUUGUGCACAAACAGAAACUAAAACUAGCCUAUAGUACUGGUUUGAAGCACGAACUCGUUCCCUUAGGAACUGACAUCACAUUGAGACAGAGAUUGAUUUACUCCGUGAGGCAGCGAGUGAAUGGGCCGAAUGUACACAUGUACUACCUGACGGAACCACGAGUUAGCGUUAAUGGCGUGACCCUGACAUUUUGUGAUUUAAAGGUUGGAACGAGCGAUAAUGGAACGUCGAUGACGAAUGGUCAGUUUUACGGAUUUGAAAUGAAACUGUUCGUUGAUGACAAUUGCGACGAGCAAGGAAACAUCCUAUAA